CUUGGGCUCUUUGGUCCCGUCAUGGCAGUAUACCGACUGUGUGUGACUACGGGUUCCUACCUGAAGGCUGGCACGCUGGAUAACAUCUACGCUACACUGGUGGGCACCUGUGGCGAGAGCCCUAAGCAGAAGCUGGAUCGUGUGGGCAGGGACUUCGCCGCUGGAUCGGUUCAGAGGUACAAGGUGCGCUGUGCGUCAGAGCUGGGUGAGCUCCUCCUCCUGCGCCUACACAAGGAGCGCUUCGCCUUCCUCUGCAAGGACCCCUGGUACUGCAGCCACAUCAGCGUCACCACCCCGGACGGCGCCGUUGUUCCCUUUCCCUGCUACCAGUGGAUUGAGGGCUACUGCAUCGUGGAGCUGCGGCCAGGAACAGCAAGGACCAUCUGUCAGGACUCCCUGCCCCUCCUUCUGGACCACAGGAAGCGGGAACUCCAGGCCCGCCAAGAAUGCUACCGCUGGAAGAUCUUCGCCCCUGGUUUUCCUCGCAUGGUGGAUGUCAGCACCUUUGAAGAGAUGGAGUCAGAUAAGAAAUUUGCCUUGACCAAGACAGUACCUUGUGCAGACCAGGAUGACAACUCUGGGAACCGGUACCUGCCUGGCUUUCCCAUGAAAAUUGACAUCCCGUCUCUGCUGCACAUGGAACCCAACAUCCGAUACUCAGCCACCAAGAUGACCUCGCUGAUCCUCAAUGCCAUCCCUGUGUCCUUGGGCAUGAAGCUUCGAGGCCUGCUAGACCGCACGGGCUCCUGGAAGAAGCUGGCUGACAUCCGGAAAAUCUUCUGGUGCCACAAGACCUUCACUUCAGAGUACGUCACCGAGCACUGGUGUGAAGACAGCUUCUUUGGGUACCAGUACCUGAACGGUGUCAAUCCUGUCAUGCUCCACUGUCUCUCCAGUUUACCCAGCAAGCUGCCUGUCACCAAUGACAUGGUGGCACCUUCGCUGGGACCAGGCACCUGCCUACAAACAGAGUUAGAGAGGGGGCACAUCUUCCUAGCGGACUACUGGAUCCUGGCGGAGGCCCCUGUCCACUGCCUAAACGGUCGCCCACAGUACGUAGCAGCUCCGCUCUGCCUGUUGUGGCUCAACCCACAGGGGGUGCUGCUGCCUUUGGCCAUCCAGCUGAGCCAGACACCAGGGCCAGAGAGCCCCAUCUUUCUGCCCACUGACUGCGAGAUGGACUGGCUGCUGGCCAAGACGUGGGUGCGCAACUCUGAGUUCUUGGUGCAUGAGAACAACACGCAUUUUCUGUGCACGCAUCUGCUAUGCGAGGCCUUCUCCAUGGCCACACUGCGUCAACUGCCGCUUUGUCAUCCAGUCUUCAAGCUCCUGCUUCCCCACACUCGCUACACGCUGCAGGUGAACACCAUCGCCAGGGCCACGCUGCUCAACCCAGAAGGCCUCGUGGACAAGGUCAGCUCCAUCGGUAGGCGCGGCCUCCUCUACCUCAUGAGCACAGGGCUGGCCCACUUCACCUACACGGAUUUCUGCCUUCCGGAUAGCCUACGGGCUCGCGGCGUCAUGACCAUCCCCAACUACCACUACCGAGACGAUGGUCUGAAGAUCUGGGCGGCUAUUGAGAGGUUUGUCUCAGAGAUCGUGAGUUACUAUUACCCCAGUGAUAUUUCGGUGCAGCAGGACUCUGAGCUGCAGGCCUGGGUGGGUGAGAUUUUUGCUCAGGCGUUCCUCGGCCGGGAGAGUUCAGGCUUCCCAAGCCGGCUGUGCACCCCGGGAGAGCUUGUGAAGUAUCUCACUGCAAUCAUCUUUAACUGCUCCGCCCAGCAUGCUGCAGUCAAUAGUGGGCAGCAUGACUUUGGAGCCUGGAUGCCCAAUGCCCCGUCAUCCAUGAGGCAGCCUCCGCCUCAGACCAAGGGGGACACAACGAUGAAGAGCUACCUUGACACCCUCCCAGAAGUGAACAUUGCCUGUAACAACCUUCUCCUCUUCUGGCUGGUCAGCCAAGAGCCCAAGGACCAGAGGCCUCUGGGCACCUACCCAGACGAACACUUCACAGAGGAGGCCCCACGGCAAAGCAUCGCAGCCUUCCAGAACUGCCUGGCGCAGAUCUCGAGGGACAUCAGGGAACGCAACGAGAGCCUGGCACUACCCUAUCCCUACUUGGACCCUCCCCUCAUCGAGAACAGCGUCUCCAUCUAAGCCUCACUUCCAACCAUCC